CAAGAUACGGCUCGGCGCACUGGCAUCAUACCAACGAAUUGACAACGCCCCCCUUCUUCGCUUUUGCAUACUAGUCACUCCGCUCGCAUACACACACAUACAGGCACACAUCUCUUCACGCAAUUGGUUAGCCCUAUCUAUUACCAAAUCGACAUUAUUCUCACAAUGGAACGAUCGUCCGACCUUGACUGUUCUGAGCUCCUGCAGCUCGGUGAGCUGAUCCAGUCUGCCAUUGCACGGCUGGUGGCCGCACGCCAAGAAAAGCCGACCCCUCCCCUUGGCAACGGCACCGCAGGAUCGACGGCCACGGAUCUUCCCGAAUGGCGGGUGUUCGAAGCCCAGCGAACCCUGCUCGCGGCAGUGGGAUCUCUUACGGAACUCGUUAGCGAGCCGGCCAAUCGUGUGCUCGAGGUAUCGUCUCAAUACUUUGAGGCUCGUGCCUUGCACAUCGCUGCCGAUGCUCGAAUUCCCGACAUCCUUGCUCGAUCUGGCAGCGAGGGUGUUUCCGUCAAGAUUCUCGCUUCUGAGAUCGGAAUCGAGCCACGGAAGCUCUCUCGGGUUAUGCGCUGCUUGUGUUCAAUCCAUAUCUUCCAAGAGAUCGGGCCAGACGUCUUUGCCAACAAUACCAUCUCGGCCUCGCUCGUCGGCAACGAGCCCCUCCGCGCGUACAUUCUGUUAUUCGGACUUGAUCUGUACACGAGCUCCGAUUAUCUCCCUAAGGCCCUUUACGACUCUACUAAGGGCCCUUCGUACGCUGUCCAUGAGACAGCUUGGCAGGACGCCAUAGGAACUGCCAAGCCACGCUGGGACUGGCUGGAAGAGAAGACCAACGUUGCCGCGCUGCAGGAGGGUCGCAACGGCGGCGACGGGUCCAAGUGCGCCUACCCGGGUGUGUUUGGAAGCGAACUGAAACGGGCAGUCGGCGAACCUGUCGGAGAUAAAGAUCAAGGUGUGGCUCGUCCAGAGCAUGGGAUCUUCAGUUUGGCCAUGGUCGGUGGAGGAAGAGUGUUCGGUCGCGCCCAUCUCUAUGAUUUCCCCUGGGCUUCCCUGGGAUCGGCCACCGUUGUCGACGUAGGUGGCGGCGUAGGUGGUUUCUCACUCCAGUUGUCCCAUCUCUAUCCAGACCUCAAGUUCGUCCUUCAGGAUCGUGGCCCUGCCAUUGAGAAAGCUCGGACCGAGAUCUGGCCUCGAGAGCACCCAGAAGCCCUCGAAUCUGGUCGAAUCCAAUUCAUCGCCCACGACUUCUUCCAGUCGAACCCUGUCAAAGGGGCUGAUGUAUACUGGCUACGGUACAUCUUACAUGACUGGUCCGAUGAUUACUGUGUUCGCAUCCUGGCAGCCAUCAAGCCAAGCAUGGGUCCCAGAAGCCGAAUCUUGAUCUGUGACCAAGUCAUGAACACGACCAAUGGGUGCCCUGAACUUCCACCCGCACCUGCCCCUCUGCCAAAGAACUGGGGGUACUAUACGAGAUACUCGCAUCAGCGCGACCUGGCCAUGAUGGCAAUUAUCAACGGCAUUGAGAGAAAGCCGGAGGAGUUCCGUGACAUAGUCGAGCAAGCCGGGUUGCGUCUCCGCAAGAUAUGGGACUGCCGAAGCCAGGUCGGGCUCGUGGAGAUUGUUCUGCCGGAUUCAGAGCUGCAGUAGUGCGGGCUGCACUGUAACCUGGAGCGCAGGUAGUUCGUACUACCAUGGUGGUGUGUGGCGGGACGGAAAUCUUAGCGAAGAGCGGGAGAGGAUGAGGCACGAUAUCGACAUAGGUGGACAGCAUCAUAUUCCAUAUGAACUCACAAUACACUAAGACAAUAUGGCUGAGC